AUGUCUACGCCUCAGCCUAUUCCACCGCGACUAACACCUUCAGCUACAGCUGCCCAACGGCCUACUCCCUCUCCAUCUCUACCCGUUGGCUCUCCACGUCCGCCCACAGCCGGCUCUCUAGACCCACCCACUCCCCGACCAUCCCAGCUACCCUUCCCAGGCAUUUCCUCCACCGAACAGCCAUCAACUUCCUUUGCCACCGUUACCAUCACGACUGACGACAGCGUCUCAACCCAACAGCCUCCCAACCAACAACCUGCCUUUCUGCCUUUCUUCACUUUAAUCCAAGACGCGACCACAUCCUCCCACUUCCACCCCACCGUCCGAUACGUCUUCUCCGACGACGAAUUCGAUCCUCUCGCCAUCCUUCCUGGUCCGCCGCCUGCACACUCCCCCUCAGCUCCAAACAGCCUUUCCAACUCCGCUGCUGCAAACCAAUCACCCGGUACUAACACCGGCGGGAACAACUCCGGCUCUGGCAGCCAAGCGGACGUCGACAGUAACUCAUCGGGCCAUUUUUCAAAACCUGGUGGUAGUCGUGGUGGUAGAUAUAACGAAAGGGUUGUAUUGGUUGAUGUUGCAGCUGAUGGACAGGGAAUACUCUCUGCGCAUAGUUUGAGUCCUGAGUGGCAGGUUAGUGGGGUUAGUGUGACCAAGGCACCGACAUGGAUGAGUGAUGGCGAUGGUACUUCGACUACUACGGGGGAUGUUGGAGAUGGGGGGUUGAUGUUAACGAUCGAAGGGGUCGGGAAGGGUAAGAGGAAAUUACCUGGCACGGGCGGCAUUAUGGAUCCGGUAACGAAGGAGAAGAAGGGAAGUAUAGAGACGUUGGAGGAAUUAGUAGGGUUUUAUCAGGAGAGGUUGGAGAGGCUACAAGGUGUGGUCGAUUGGGCGGAAGGGAGGAAAGUUGUAGAGGGCGAUGCUGCUCCAGCGGCUGGAGCACCUGGGGAGGGUGUAGGCAGCUGA